AUGUUUUUACUGCCAGCGGCCAGGUCACAUGAAGUUACACUGUCCAUUGCGUCUGCAGAAGAAAGAGGGGGGUCAGGGCUCCCCACCUCCGUAUUCAAAAAACGGGGGGAGAAAGGGGAACAAUUAGAUGUUUUCCCUUGUGUAGCUCCUCAUAGUACAGGUGAAGGGGCUCUGGCUAGGGCAGCAGUUUCUCCUUUAGGAGAAGGGAGAGUUAUCACUGUACAGUCUUUUGGUACAGGGUUACUGUUGUUUGACUUAGUAGUUUUUGGUGAACAAACGAAGGUCGUGUUUGAUACGGCAGGGGAGUGUUCACUAGUUUGUAGUAGUUUUCUACAGGGAAGGAAAUUAGAGGUAAGAGAUUCCGAUCUUAAGGUCAGAUGGGGUGGUGUCACUGACAUAGGCCAAAGAGGGGAUGUUGAUAUUCCACUGGAGUUUGGGCCAGUCAAGGUAAAGCAUUCAUUUUUAGUGGCGGAUUCAUGGAAUCUGCCAGGGAAGCUGUUGUUAGGAUGUGAUUUUAUUAGGACACAUCAGGUAGUAUUUGUUAACCAUCCACCUCAACCCAUCCAACUGUCGAUCGAGGGUCAACAGGUGGAUGUGGUAUGGAGUCCCGAGGCAGGCUCAAUUGCUACCGAGGCUUGCGGUUGUAGGGGGCCCCCUACAACCAGUCCGGGGAGACCGACACCGGGGACGCCUGGUGCGUCGGUCCCUGGGGAGGUAGCAGGAGCAGACCAAAGGGUACUCAUAAAUGAGGAGGAGGACACUGGAUAUAGUGGGGUAGCUACCUUAAGAGAGAGCCAGAUUUUAGAGGCACAUUCGUGUGGGGUGUUAGAGUUAGAACUCGGUGGGGAUGGAGAGGUUCCGGGAAGGAUAGGUUCCAUGCUGUUUAUACCACGGGAGUUCGCUGGCUUAAGACUUUCGGAGGGGGUAGUCGGGAUACGACGGUCCGGAAAUAGUCUUUGGUUCAGGGUUCCUUAUGCGGUGGAGGAGGAUUUUAGAUGUUAG